AUGAAGCUGCUCUCGUUACUCACGGUCCUGGGGGCCACAGUGCUCCCGGCAGCCCUUACUUCCGCUCAGAAGCUACCUCUAUCAACAUCGUCGCGAUGGAUCCUGGACGCAGACGGCCAGCGCGUUAAGUUGCGCUGUGUUAACUGGGCCGGCCAUCAGGAAGCCAACCUACCUGAAGGCUUGAACAAGCAAUCGAUCGACUACAUCGCCGACUUCAUCCACCAACAAGGCUUCAACUGUGUGCGCCUGACGUACUCGAUCGACCACGCUCUCAACCCGGACGUCCUCGUCUCGGACUCCUUCGUCAACGCCGCUAGCGCAGCAAACGUCAGCGCCACCGAUAUGAACAGCAUGUACUCUCAGGUCGCCGAGAAGAACCCCUUUGUGAACGGCGCUACUACACGCGCUGUCUUCGAGUCUGUCAUCGCGGCGCUCUGGAAGAGGGGCGUUAUGACUAUUCUAGAUAACCACGUCAGCAAGGCGAGUUGGUGCUGCAACAUCGAUGAUGGCAACGGCUGGUGGGACGAAGGCUUCGGAUACAACGACUGGAACAGCCGCUUCUUCAAAACGCAGGACUGGCUCAACGGGCUCCAAGCCAUGGCUACCUGGUCCGUCUCCCAGCCCGGCGUAAUCGGCAUGUCCCUCCGCAACGAGGUGCGCGAGUGGCUCCUCCAGGGCACCAACGGCCGCGCCGACUGGUACGACUACAUGACGCAGGGCGCGCAGCGCGUACACGGCGCAAACCCAGACCUCCUGAUCAUCAUCGGCGGAACGCAGAGCGCCACCGACCUAACACACCUGCGCGUCAACAAAUCGCUCGACUUCAGCGGGUGGCAGGGCAAGCACGUGUGGGAAUGGCACGCGUACUCGUUCACGGUGACGUUCGCGCUGGCCAAAGGGAACUGCGACCUGCUGAAGGAAACGUACGGGCUAUUCGACGGGUUCGUGCUCGUGCAGGGCGAGGACUACACGGCGCCGCUCAUCCUCUCCGAGUUCGGAUUCGGGAUGACGGGGGGUCCGAACGACGGGCUCUCGGACGAGGAUAAUAGCUACUUCCAGUGUCUGCGCGACUACGUCACGGGCAACGAUGGCGAGUGGGCGCUGUGGGCGGUCCAGGGGUCGUAUUAUGUGCGGCAGGGGGCUGUGGGCGCGGAGGAGAGCUGGGGGCUGCUCGAUGCCGAUUGGAAGAAUUUGAGGAAUGCGAAAUUGCCGGAUUUGUUGAAGCCCAUGUUCCAGGUUACUCAGGGGCCGUGA